AUGGAGGAAGAGGAACUGGAUGCACCCCUGUUCAUCACCUGGUACCAGUGUGUGGUAUCUGUGGCUCUGUGUGCCACAUUUGGCUACGCAGCCAAAUGGUUUCCGAAUGUCAUCACCUUUCCAGAGUUCAAGAUUGAUCUAACGAUCGCUCGGCAGGUACUGCCCUUAUCUGUUGUAUUUGUUGCAAUGAUGACAUUCAACAAUCUUUGUCUAAAGUAUGUGGGAGUGGCAUUCUAUUAUGUUGGAAGAUCUCUGACGACCGUAUUUAACGUGGCAUUAACGUACGUGAUUCUGAAGGAGAUCACCUCUGUGAAAUCGGUGCUGUGCUGUCUAACCAUCAUUGCUGGAUUUCUGCUUGGUGUCGAUCAGGAAAAUGUCACAGGCACACUCUCAGUGAUUGGAGUUGUAUUUGGAGUACUUGCCAGUCUUUGCGUUUCGCUGAACGCCAUCUACACAAAGAAAGUGCUGCCAUGCGUCGGUGAUAACAUAUGGAGUCUAACGCUGUACAACAACGUCAACGCGAGCAUCUGCUUUCUACCCCUGAUUCUGCUCAGCGGCGAGGCCGCUGUGGUCGCCAGUUUCUCACACUUACGAAGCCCAACGUUCUGGACACUGAUGACAAUCAGUGGGGUUUUCGGCUUUGCGAUGGGUUACGUCACAGGGUUUCAAAUCCAGGUGACGUCGCCACUGACUCACAACAUCAGUGGCACGGCGAAGGCGUGUGCGCAGACUCUGCUUGCUGUAGGUUACUACAAGGAAGUAAAGUCGCUGCUGUGGUGGAUAAGCAACGCUGUCGUGCUUGUCGGUUCGAUGGCGUACACGCACGUGCGUCGACAGGAGAUGAAGCAAGUUCACCAGGAGAAUGCGGAAAAGGAGAUGCUGACAGCGGAUGCUGCGAGACCACCUAAGGUACCCCUGUGAGCGAGAAGACGUGCCACGGCGGUGCCAUUACGAAAUCUGCGAUGGUGGGUUACCGACGCGGUGAAAAUGUACUGUGAUAUUAUGUGAACUCUUUCCUGUCGAUUUUAUUUCUCAUUUCGCACGCGUGACGAGCUCAUCGUACAUGUGCACGCUCUUUCGUCAGUCAGAGAAACUACCAGCAACACCGGCCACGUCUUGUAAGCUGACAUUUAAUUCCCGCAUAACGAACCUUUGCUCGGCUACACAUCAGUUUGACGUGUGUGUGUGUGUGCGUGCGUGCGUGCGUGCGUGCGUGCGUGCGUGCGUGCGUGCGUGUGCACCAGAGAGAGAGAGCAUACAGCCAAUCUCCCACCAUUCAGAUGCAUGAGCUAAAACAAAGUCGUCUUACUAAAUCAUCCGCGUGCACCAGUGUGCAACGCACGCAAACACAACUACUGCCAUAUCGGAAUAGUCGGAGCAGACGUUAUGUUUGUAAUGCAGUGUAUCGAAGUGUUAGUGGUUGGCAUUGAUGUGAUAGUCGUUGUGGGAUCUGACUUUUGUUGGCGGAACAUGAAGCUAUAUUUUCUAUAAGAAUGUGCUUACACUGGAUUUGUGUAUAUCAAGUUUUCUCAUUGACCUUAGUGGAGUGAUUUCCACUUUUCUGUAUUGAUCUUCACUAAUCGUGUACAGUAAUUUGUUACCUAUUUCAUAAUUUCGUGCGCACACACAUGCACGCACGCACACGCACGCAGACACACAACACACACAUGCACACGCACACG